GCAGCGCCACUUCGAGCACAUAAUACAGACAUUCUUAUAUACACAGAAAGGAUUAAUUUCUUUUCGUUCGAAAAUUGAAUAAGAAUAUAUUGAAUGGGGAUCACAGAUCACAGAUCACAGUAGUGAACAGUGUUAGUGUAUCGUGGUAUCGUCUGCCGGGCCAGCGGUAUCAAGAGCAUAUAGCAAAGCACAAAGCACAAGGCUAGGAUUGUGGGGAGGAUUAAAUUCGUGGAUGAUUGCUUAGUAAUAAUAAGCGAAUGGUUUCAUUGUGGAGUGCACUUUUUGUGUAGUCUUGAGAUGAACAAGUAAUCGUAGAGAUUUAUUCUACAAAUAAUAUACCAUAGAGGACAUUGACGUUCGAUUAGUAAUUGCCGAAAGCGCUGUCAAACAAUGAGACAUUGCUGUCAAAGCGAUCAAGUUCUGUGAGGUGUUGGCGGGUGGGUGACACCAAAUAUUUAUAUAUAUAUUUAUAUAUAUAUGUGUGUAUAUAUGUAUAAUAUAUAUGUAUAAUAUAUAUAUAUAUAUAACACGCGAGCGUCUAGUCAAAGAAGUUCCCCCCGCCUUGCCUCUUUCCAUCCAUCGCGGUUAUAGAAUCCCGGUCGGUUGCCGCUAAACACGCCCGGCUGUCACAGACGCCAUGUUACGAAGCCGCAUAUUGCCGAUGGCAAUCAUCAUAACUUCCCUUAUUACCUCAUGUAUUAUUGAUGUUCGUGCCGAUCUUGAAAAUAGCGGAUUAACAACGGUAGCAGUAACAGGCACCGAUCUGACCACAACAAUUCGAACUAUAACAGCAACAUUAGAAAUAGACUCGUCUCAAAAAAUAGAUGGCAUAGAGGCAGGCAGCACGCCUUUUCUAAUAUGUAAACUGAGUGAACCUGGUAUGAUAACUUGGAACUCUGAUGGCAGAAAUAUCACCACUAUAAGAGACUUGGAUUAUUCUACCCCUAAGGGACGAAUAGAUCUGAGGCAAGCCAAAAGAAAUGAUACUGGAAAUUACACAUGUACAGGCAAAACCAAUGGUGGAGAUUUCUUGCAAAAAACAGUAUUUGUUAGGAUCAUAGAACCUGGUAAAAUACGACCAGCCAAGGAUGUCAGAAGAAAAGUAGGUGAGUCAGUCAAAUUAGUAUGCCAUAUGGAGGGUGAACCUCUGACAAAUUUCACAUGGCUUAAGGGAAACAAUAGCGAAAGCAUUGAACAUCUGCAAGAGCUAACAAAACUGGAGCGCAUUAACGAAACUUUAUCAGUUUUAUCGCUUGUUUUCGAGAGUGUAUCUCGCCGUGACAAUGGCACAUACACUUGUCAAGCAACGGAUUACUAUGGUGUUGUGAGUGCCAUGCAAAGUCUAUUUGUCAUAGACAAGCCUCAGGUUAAUAUCGAUUUCAUGAAAGCUGUUGGUGCCCAUAUGAUAUAUUUGAACUGGACGGUGAAUGAUGGUAACGAGCCCAUUAAAGAAUAUCUCAUACAACACAUGCCAAAUGGCACUGAUCAGUGGCACUUUUAUCGUGGUGAAAUUGGUGGUGGAAACUUAAGUUAUGUUCUUAAAGGCCUUGAGAAAGGUACAGCCUAUCAGCUAAGAAUAAGCGCUGUUAACGCUAUAGGAAGAUCACAAAUACAAACGGAUCCCCGAUGGAUCACCACACUCUCUGAAGAUCCUGUUUUCAUUCCGACAGUUUCCGUAAACGGUUUCACCGAUCGUUCAAUUACCAUCGGUUGGAAUGUACCGCCACCAGAUCUACGAGAACACGUGCAUUACUAUAAAUUGAUGGUGACUCAUGGUGACCAAAAGAAAGAGGCUUUUUAUCCAGCACAAACCUUCAAUGUUUACGUAUUUGUCGAUCUUGAUCCAGCGACCACUUAUCAAUUCAAAAUUGCUGCUUGCAGCGAAUACACAAAGCAUUGUGGAAAUUGGAGCAAAAUAGUCAAUGGAACGACCAUGGAUGGAGUCUGUGGUGCACCGCAAAAUCUUACGGUUACCUGUCGCUUCGACAAUAUUAGUAGCACAGCUUACGUUUACGUAUCUUGGCAGCCACCGGCAAGACCUAACGGCGUUAUAACACGUUAUCAAUUGGAACUCACCGGUGCCGCUCAAUACCGCAACGACCUCGGUAGACCAGGCAAUAAUUGGUGGAAAUUGCCUGAUAAAACGGUCAAAGAACUUGAACAUAGCUACGAAUUCAAAAGCCUCUCACCCAAUACAAAUUAUACGGUGCGGGCCUGGUGUGUAACGAGGCUACGAACGCCUGGUAAAGAUACCAUUGGAAAUUGUACAAUGCCAGUAACUGUGCCGGAUAAAGAAAAUAUGAAUCUUCGUUCAUGGCGUAAGAUCGAGAGCGAGGGUAGACAAUUAUUCAAGCUGUAUUUACCAAGAAUAUCAGAGAGAAAUGGUCCAAUAUGUUGUUAUCGAAUAUUCAUGGUAAAGUUAGGACCUCAAAAAUCGACCGGAGAUUUGCCAGCACCUGAUGAGAUAGAAAUUCAUACAUAUCAUUAUGUUCACGCUUCACCAAGUGGAGGAGCUUAUCUUGCCGAAAUGUUCGACAGCGAUCAUCUCUUGUCAGAAAUAUUUCUCGGCGACGGUGAAUCAUCUAACGCGAGUAACGUCUGUGAUCGUUGCAUCGGUCUUCGACCUAAAGCGACGCCAACUCUUCAUCUCGUGCCUGAAGUUUCCGGCACGGCCACGACCAACACGACGAUCUCAACGACAAUAAUACAAACUACCUUCGUUCCACAUUUUGAAACUUCACAAACUACCACCAUUACCUCCACCGUUGUUGAAACUACCCCUACGAGCCAGUCACGAAACUCUUCGGAAUCAACAGUUCGUCAUAAAAGAGACGACACGCCCGAAAUUAGCCCACUUCUCAUUGAAAAUCCAUCAGGAUCUGGAAUUUAUCCACCUUACGAUGGGUUUAUUGACGAAAAAGCCAAUUAUACCGCUUUCAUCGAAGUUAUAGUUUACGGUGAUCGAGACGGUCAAGUAAUGCCAGCAUACAGCGGAUAUCUCCACCAGCUUUACGGUGGUCCGGAUUAUCGUAACAUUGCAGCACAGAAAGAAAAUACUCUCGAAGUAAUACUGCAAAUAGUAGUUGCUCUUAUUCUCAUAAUUGCGAUACUUUUGAUCGCGUUGUGCGUUUUGCACAGAUAUACGAAACGAGCAGAGCAGCGAGGCGAAGAAAUAAUAACACUGAGAAAUAGUUUCAGGCAUCUCUGCAGAAGUUUGAGAGGUAGGCAUCAGCUAGUAGCAGCGAGUCCACCGGAUAUGCCACCGAUACCAAAAGCCGAUCUCUUGCAGGCUUAUCUCGAGCGUCACCGUGACUCAGAUUAUGGUUUUCAACACGAAUUUGAGCUUUUGCCAGAUCGCUUCGCCGAUCGUACGACACGAGCUUCCGAGGGACGAGAAAACCUUUACAAAAAUCGUUAUCCUGACAUCAAGUGCUACGAUCAAACGAGAGUUCGCUUGUCCCAGAUUGACGGUAUUUCCGGUUCAGAUUAUAUCAAUGCGAACUUUGUUCUUGGUUAUAAGGAAAGAAAGAAGUUCAUAUGUGCUCAAGGGCCUAUGGAAAACACCGUUUGUGACUAUUGGCGCAUGAUUUGGGAACAACAUCUCGAACUCGUACUAAUGCUCACAAAUCUCGAAGAAUACUCCAAAACUAAAUGUGCUAAAUACUGGCCUGACAAAGAAGAAACGAAAAAUUUUGGUGAUAUCACGGUAGAACAUAUUAAACAACGACCAUUCUCCGAUUACGUUGUUCGAGAGUUGAAAAUGUCUCGUACCGGCGAACGGGAUUCCCGCAUAAUCGUCCAAUACCAUUUUCUCGUAUGGAAAGAUUUCAUGGCACCCGAACAUCCUCAUGCAAUUUUACGCUUUAUCAAACGCGUCAACGAGGCUUAUUCCCUCGAGAAGGGACCCAUUCUUGUACAUUGCAGUGCCGGUGUUGGAAGAACCGGCACUCUCGUUGCGCUUGACUCUCUCCUUCAACAACUUUCCGAAGAAGGACAAGUCUCCAUUUUUAAUACCGUCUGCGAUUUACGACAUCAACGGAAUUAUUUGGUACAGUCGUUGAAGCAGUACAUUUUCAUAUAUCGUUCUCUCAUGGAAAUGGCUCUUUACGGCGAUACGGAAAUACCCAUUUCACUAUUGAAAUCCAGCAUCGAAAAACUCAGGAUCAGGGACAAUGGCAAAGAAAAAUGUCGCAUGGAGGAAGAAUAUGAUAAAAUCAGUUCUGUGUUGGAAGAUCGCAAAUCAUUCUCGGUGGGUGGUGGUGAUGAAAAUAGGAUCAAAAAUCGCAACGAAAUGAUCAUACCGUAUGACAGAAAUCGAGUUAUAUUGACACCCAUACCAGGCCGAGAACAUUCCACCUAUAUCAAUGCUUCUUUUAUCGAAGGAUAUGACAAUUCCGAAUCUUUCAUUAUAACGCAAGAUCCACUGGACACUACGAUAGCUGAUUUUUGGAGAAUGAUUUCUGAACAGUGUAUAUCGACCAUCGUAAUGCUGUCGGACCUGAACGAAGGACCACGAAAAUGUCCGAGAUAUUGGCCCGAUGACGAAACAAAUUACGAUCACAUAAGAGUGCGAUAUAUCCAGAGCGAAAGUUGUCCUUAUUACACAAGACGGGAGCUUUGUGUGGCAAAUACAAAGACGGACGAGACAGUAUUUGUAACGCAAUAUCAAUAUCAUGGAUGGCCAACAGUCGAGGGUGAAGUUCCAGAGGUCACGCGAGGCGUCAUAGAGCUGGUCGAUCAAACGCUCAGUCAUGACGUCGAAUCCAGUGGCCCUUUGGUCAUUCACUGUAGUUUCGGUUCAGACAGGAGUUCAAUGUUUGUAGCUCUGAGCAUAUUGGUCCAACAGUUACGCACGGAAAAACGCGUUGACAUAUUCACGACAACGAAAAAAUUACGAUCGCAAAGACAUGGAAUGAUCAGCACUUUUGCACAAUACGAGUUUCUUCAUCGAGCGGUCAUCAACUACGCGGAUCUCCACAACAUUGCCGAAGAUGAACCAAUCUCUUAAUGAACGGAGGCUGAGAGUUUAGACACUGCAGAGCAACAGUAUUGUUUGGCAAAUUAAAAUCGCCAUUGGUUCAACUGGAAAGGAAUUUAUUAAUCACUUGAGUGAUGAGAAGAUGUGCAAGCUCGUUUCACCGAGUAUGAUAUUUUUUAUUUUCAUUCCGCUUUUUCUCGGAAGAAAAACUCAUGAUGCAUGUUUACGUUGUACAGAAUCCGAUAAAAAUCACGAUAUUGUCGUUAAUAUCAUGAUGAUCUUGGGAUGCUUAAAAAAAAUGAAAGGAAAGCAGCCAAGAAUUGGAGUUUCGAAUUAGGUGAAAAUGGAAUCAAGGUAUUCUAACAAUUGCGAGUGUGGAGGGUUACUAACUGAAAAGUGGACAUAUGCUUUUCUGGAUAUAUCAAGUGUGUAAUGUUCAAGAAAAACGUGUAUCUAGUUUUCAGUUACCUACAACCCCUCCACCUUCCCCCGACAACCAAACUUUUUAGUGAAAUUGACAACCACAUUUUCACCUGUAUUCCCUCUCCAAAUUUCGUGUACGCAUUGAUCGUUGUCGGGAAAGUGUGACAUACGUACAAUUCUAUAUUGUACGUUUGAUAAACUAGGAUAUGAUACUAAUGACCAAACGACAAGUGGAUCUGUAGUUCGUGGAAGUUAUUUCAAUUUCUUCUCUCGUUCUAUUUAUAUGAUGCCGCUCACUUCUUUACAAUUCGAAUGAUUUAUUAUUUACCCAUACAGUUUGUUUUGACGCUUCCGUCAUUAAUUCUCAAACUUUUCCAUCUUCUUUGUCGAUGAAUGCAAUCAGGAGAAGUGCUGAAAAUUGUUUCGAACAUUCGAAGUUUUUUUUUUUGAACAACAAGAAUAUGAUUAAUAGCACCACAGCUCGUUCAAUUCAUUCGAGAAAAAAGGGCCGAAUCACAAAAUUAAUGACAAAUUGAUAAAAUCGUGUUACGCGCGCAUCGACCCAAGUAUAUGUAGAUUUUUCACAUUUGAAAAGAUAAAAGAAAAAGAAGAUGAAGAGAUCAGUAAAACAUUGUUACAAACCUGUCGUAGCCAAACGGCAAAACGAAGAAUGAGAGAAACAAGGUAAAUGUAUUUUAUAUGAAUGUGAAGAUUGUAAGAUUAAGUUACAUGUGUAAAUUUAUUUACACAUAAAAUUAGCACAUAAGCUUGGCAUUAUUCCUACCAUUUCCACUAUUACGAAUCGACACGUCGUAAAUAAUUGACUAAUGUUACAAAUGACAGUAUAACCGACCUAACAAUUUUUUUUUUGUUUUUUCAUUUUGUUUGACGUUUCAAAACUUGUAUAUUUUUAAAACGUUGAAAUUAGUCUUAUUCGAAUACCAGUUAAUGAUCACGUUCAUUAUUUAAAUUUAAAUACUCUCAUCGAAUGUGUAAAUAUAUACAUACUAAGAUAUAUGUAUAUAUAUAUAGAUAUAUAAAUGUAUAACGUGCAUUGUCGAAACGUUGUAUAUUAAAUUGACAUGAUCCACAUGUAAAGAACAAAAUGUAAACGCAGUUGAGGCUGAGCAAUUUUUUGUCAUGCAUAUACACAUAAUUUUGUUCUUCUACAAUAUGGAAAGACUGACUAUAUAUUUCUUAUUUAAUUAAAAAGAUUGUUCGUCUCGACUGAAAUCAAUGGAUGGCUUUUUUCGACGUCUUUUUUUGUAUUUCAAUCGUAUUGAUAAACCAAGAUAUACAAGCUGUGAAUCGCAUUUCGUAGAACAAGUCAAACAUUUUUUAUAUUUCGUAUAUUAGAAAUACCGCGCAAACCCUUGACAAUUAACGAAUGCAUGGUGCAUAUAUUUUAGGAUGUCCCAAAGAAGAGCGAUUUUUUUUCAUAUACCACCUCUUCAAAGCUCAUAUAUAUGAUUGAAAGAAGAAACCUGGUCAAAAAUAUGUCCUAUAGCUCAAUUUUAAAAGGUAGCGCAAAUCAUUUUUGUUUUUUUUUUCGCUAUUUUAUAUAUAAAAAAAAUAGGGUCUUCGUCGAAAAUUGCUUCUUUAAAUCAUUGUAUGAUUAUUUUACAAUACCUUGGGAAUAAAGAUUUUCUUUUUCGAAAAACGGUCCCAACAUUUUUGGCAACGUGUUAUAUUGAUAAAAAAUGAUAUUAUGAUUAAUUUCAAGAAGACAGAAGGUGAAAAAACAAAAAGAAAACACAACUUUGUUUUUAUAAGAGAAAUUUUAAUUUUUCGGUUAUUGUAAUCAUUCUUUCUUUCUGUAUUCAUUAUUCCAAACCCAUACAAUCCUUUAUCUUUAAUACCUAGAAGUGGUUGGGUGAGUCCGGAACAUAUUUUCAUGUGUGUGCGAAAUCGUGAGUGGGUUUGGAACAUUUUCGAUGUGGGAUCGGUAUGGUUAGGUUGGUCCAAAUCAUCUUCCUAAUUUCGUCUUUUGAUUUUCUUACCCACCUUCGUGAUUUUUUUCAAAUCCUAAGACAACAUUUUUAGCUUCCUCCUCUCUAAAAUUGAUCGUGAUAUUAUUUGUUAUUUACAGCAAUGCUUUAAAAAAAAAAAUUGGAACCAUUUUUCACAAAAGGACCACUUGUAAAUGUUUACCUAAAAAAAAUGUACAUGUCGAAAGAUGUUCCGGACCUACCCAACCACUUCUAUAUGUUAAAGAUAAUGAGUUGUAUGAGUUUGGAACAAUUGUGUUUUCUCCCUACUUGAAAUUGAUCAUAAUAUAAUUUUUUAUCAAUAUCACACAUCAUCAAAAAUUUUGGGACCGUUUUUUGCAAAAGGUCCACUUGUAAAUAUUUUCCAAUAUAAAUGUACAUCUUUUUCAAAUCUUAUUAACCGGUGGACUGGUAUUAUAUCGUAUGUGUACGUUUUUCAAAGCACCACACUCUUAUCGAAAUAAAAUAAAAGUUGCUACUUCUUGAGACCUGAAAAAAAAGGGUUGGGAGUAAAAUUUUCAAAUUUUCCACUUGCAAGUUUUUAUGUUACUAGGGUAUACUAGCGCGCGUAUAGGUAUUUAUUUGCGCUGCUGCGCUCAAGAAAAUCUUAUAACUACUCGCGCAUACAAAACUGUCAAAUUGACAGUACACAAUUGUCAAACCGAUAGCAAGACUCCAAAUUUGAAAGUCCCACCGACCGAUCACAGUACGAAUAAAACGACAUCGAUGCCCCCCCCCCCCCCCCGUUGGUGACCAACUUCGGGCGUUACUCACAAACUUUAUAGAAAGGAAUAUGAUAAAAAUUUCAAGUUUUUUAAGAAAUAUAUAUGUCCAGUUUCUUGAAAAAAAUAAUAUAUGACGUUAUUUGCAGCUGACAUUUAGAAUUUACAUACUAUUUUGUUGUUUGGACAAAAUAUUCCAAUUUACGGUUGUUUACCAGUUUUUUUUUUAAAUCGAUCGAAAAUUGAUAUAGUUUUUUGAAUUUACACAUUAUACAAUACCGAUUAACUAACUAGUAGAGAGGACAGGGAAUUGAUUUUUUUCAAUAAAAGAGUCCAGUAUUCUAGAAACGUAAAGUUUCUAUGAAACAUAGCAUAAAACCUUUCUAUUGAGAAAACUACUCAUUUAGCGAAUUUUUAAUUUUAGGAUGAAAUUUUAUAAGUACACUUUGAAUCUUAUUUUUCACUCCUCUGAACGUGACGAAUUUAUUUUUCUCCGCCAAAUGAGUCUAGUGUCAUUAAAAACUUAUAGUUUUCAUGUCACGUAAGAAAAUCUAGUGCCCUAACAAAAUUGGAAUUUCCAUGUCAUAGCAUAAAAGUUUGCAAGUGAAAAAUCUUAAAACUUCACCCCCAACCCUUAUAUUCACCCCUUUGCAGGUAGCGAAUGUUGUUUUAUUAAUCUCUUCUUAUAAAAAGGGUCUAGUACUCUAAAAAACGUAUAGUUUUGUUGUUGAAAACUGUAUAAACCCUUAUAUUUUACCCUUUUGGAGGUGACGAAUGUAUUUUUAUUCCGAGAAUUGAGUCAAGUGUCAUAAAAAACUCGAAAUUUUUAUGUAAUAUAACAUAAAAAGAUACCAGUAAAUAAUUUGAAAUUUUCACCUACAAUCCUCAUUUUCACUCUUUUGAGGGUGGCUAAGUAAAAACUAAGUUUGGAAAUGGAAUCAGCAACCUUAGAAAUCCUCCGAAACGAAUUUUCGCGUAUUUUGAUAACUCAUUGGCUCGUACCAGUAUUAGCACGAAAACUGAAAAGAAGCUUACCAGUCAACCUAUUAAGAAAAAAAUUUUAUUCUACAUUCACAUACUUAAGUAUAGACUCAAGAUAUUGUAAAAUAACCACGCAAUGAUUUAUUUUAUGAAUUUCCGAUGAAGACCUUAUUUUUUUUUAUAAAAUUAAAAAAACACAAAAAUAACUUGCGCCACCUUUUAAAAUUCAGCUGCAGAUCCUUCUUUUGGCGAAGUUUUUUCUUGCAUCAUAUAUGAGCUUUUAAGAGGCGGUGAAUACUAAAAAAAUCGCCUUUUCGGAAGCUCUAAUAUGUUUAUAUAAAAAACGUACUCUACCAAUCGCUGAUGAGUUAACGUUCAGUUUCUCUCCCAUCCGUAUGAACAUUUCGGAAACUUGACUUUCGCUUCAGACAUUUUCUGAAUGGAAGUUUUAUGGAGCGGAAGAUAUACAUUCCGAAACUUGUCGAUCCAUAUUUUUCUACUAAAUUUACUGAUGUGCCGAAAAAUAAAGCAGUUUUCAAUUUUCAUAAAUGAAUGAAAAAUUGAAAAAAGAAAUCGAGGGCUUACGCACGACGCGAAAAAUAGUUUGCUCGUUUGCAUCUCAUUGACCGAAAAAUUUAUUGCUAUGUCUUAAUCGGAGAAGAUUUUUCAAUAAUAGAUCAAACGGAAAAAAUACAUGUCACUAUGUGUAACUUGAAGCUCCUGGUUUCUUAACUGCCAAAAAAUCGUAUCGGAAAUUUCAAACGUUCCCUCCUGUUUGGGUCUUUUUUAGGCUGAUUUUGAAAAAAGUAAUGUGAAAAACUUUCCAGCCACCCUUUGUUACAUACAGAUGUUGUGAAAUUUAAGAAGCUUUGAUAUUUUUGUGAAUGAAUGUCGUUCGUUUUUUUCUAGUCAAGCUUAGCUCCGCUGUGUCCGAUACGAACGAUGAGCAAUGAUCUUUUCAUAAAUGAGGAAGACAGUGUGAGAGUGAGAGAGAUAGUGACAAUCAUCCGAUCAACAUCAAUUUACAACUUUUUUCUGCAUUAUCGCGUUCAUUCCAAAACUAUAAAUGUUCCCCUCCCUCACCCUCGUUUAAUUAAAAAAACUCGAAUAAGCGAAUCUUCGAAUGUUUUUAAAACUUUUCAUAGCUGGGAGCAGGCAAUUCUUUUUACUUCAAAAAAAUUAUUCUUGAUAAGAACUGAUUUCUCUGGUAUUGCAUGACAAGCGAAAAGUCAUUGAUCUAAAUUAUCGAUAACCUAUUUGAUCUAAAAAUAAUGAGCCCAAGAGAAGAAGAAAGCCCAUUAUUGCUAUUCACAAUCGUUUAUCAACAAAUGACAUGGAAAUAGUUGAUGUGUAAUAGUCGGUAAUUCCUGUCUCGAUUGCAUUAUAUUUGCACUAUUACUCCGAGACGAAUAUUGUUUGUCUAUAUAAUUAUGUAUAUUUAUAUAUUGUUGAGAAAUCGCAAAUUCCCUCUUUUUUGUGUAAGCGAUAAACGGACGAUUAAUAUAGCAAGCUCGUUCAUUUUAUGUUUUGUUUUUUCUUCAGUCAUAUCAUUUUGUGUCAGAAGAAACUGCUAAGAAACUGCUGUAGAGCUUUGUCAAUGUAUAUUGUUGAACGUGAAAUAUCAUUGAUGCAAAUGUGAGUGCACCCAAUGCUCAAAAAAAGAAACUGAUUUUAUCGUAAAUUCGAUUAAAAUGAAAUAUUAUAGUUCUCAAAAAAAUUGUAUCGAUUUUAAUAGCAAUUGGGUUGUUGAUGUGUCUUUUUGAGCUUCGACAAAUUUAUCGAGUCAUUGAAAUCAUUAUUACUAUUAUGAUACGUAAGUGAAAUUUCGUGUUAUAGUUUAAUUUUGAAAUUCUCAUAAGUUUUCAUAUUUUAUCCAAAAAGCAAAUAGCAGUGCUAUUCCUCAAUGUCGACGACAGAAGUUUUCGAGUGAUAGCAUCAUCGCAACACUCGCCCAAAGGGCGAGUAUGACAGCUGUAAAAUCGAAACAAGGAAUUUACUGUCGGCUCGCACAAAUGGUGAAAAAAUUUGAACAUAAUUCUUUUUCUUUUCAAGGGAACGUAUUUGAAAUUCAUACGAAUUGGAAAUAGAUUAUGGUAGUAGAGCUUUUACGAGGAAUGCUUUGUAUAUGUAGAUUUUCGGUGAAACAGUGACUCGGUGGAUCUCAUUGUAAGCGCGAAUGAGGACGGCCCUAAACGUACAAUAACCAGUAUUUAAGCUUAUGAAUAAUUUUGUUUUCUGCAAAACCCACGAGACAAAUCUAGGGGGGAGGGGAUAAUAUAUAUUGCCAGUUCGAGAAUUUUCUGUACUGAAGCUUUUGUAAUAAUAAGCAAGAAAAGCUGAGAGGAUCGGGCGAGGAAAAAUAAUGAAUAAUGGGCAAGUAAAUAUCGGUGUUUCAUCAGAUGCGAGUGCAAGAUGGAAUCUUCGCAAGAAAAAGAAAUGUUGCGUCUUGAAUUCUGGACAUGUGUGAUCGGUUUUUGCGAAACAUUUUUUCUCAUAGGCAAGAUAGGAAGAAUUGUCAACGCGAAUAUUUGUGAUUUGGAGUGUAUUUGAAUGAGUGGGAUAUUGCCACUGUGGCGAAGUUGCCGCUUUGUUCGAAUUUUACUACUAAAUAUACUAAAUCUCAUUUUAUUUUUUACCGUACAGCAAAGCCGAAGACAUGAAAAAACAAGAAGAAUUAUGUUUGAACGCCGAGCUGCAUUUGAAAAAUUCAAUUAGCAGACCGCGUUUCAAUCAUUUUAAGCUCGUCAAACCUACCUCAACGUACUCAACGUGGCUCGUAGAGGUAUUUCAUAAUCUUUCCACCGCGAACGAAACAUACUCGUAUUGAAUAUUACCAACGAUUUUGAACGAUGAAAUAAAAUGAGAAACAAAUUCGAGCAUAAAACAAGACAUUCGGACUAUAUGCGGAGUAUGUGAUUGCGAUUGAAUUAAUUCCUAUCAGCUAAAUUCGAAUACGUUUUACGUACAAAGAUCGUCAUUGAGACUUUUUAUUGUCUAAAACAAAUCUGACCAGUGAAAAAACACGAUUACACCGAGAUUCGCUCGGAACAAAAGUGGACAAUUUUUCGAAUUAUUUCUCGAGGCUGUUUUAUACUCGAAAACAAUUUCAGUCUCGAGAAAAUAUAGAUUGUUCUACGACGAUAAAACAUCUCCGACAAAAGUUUUUUGUAAAGUAACGUUUUUUAACAAGACGAAAAUGAAUAAUAAAGCAUAAAACUUAAA